UGAGUUAACAGGCGUGUGCGUUAGCGUCUGUUUACAACCUCAGGAAAAGUCAUGGUCGCUGUAAGUGUAAACUCAUGUCGAAGGAAAAACUGAAAUCACUCAAUGCUACAUUUACAACGUAGGUCGGUUGAUGGUAAAAAAAUAGAAAAGCAGGUUCAAAAAGACUACAACUGAAGCUGCCACUAAAGAAGCGCUGCACAACUACGAUCUAGAAUAGACUGUCGUCGAAAAUCCACCGUUUCCUAAUCCUGACGUUGUGUUAAUGAACAAAAAGGCAGACACAGGGCUGCAUGUGGACUGACGCUGCAGCCCCAAUCUGGAACCCAUAAAGCUUCAGACAUCCCUGCAACAUUAGACACCGCGCUUCUUAUUGGCUGAGAGCGCCACUUACCCCCUGUUUCUUUCGCCCGCCCAGCAAAAGUUCACUUCCUGCUUUCCUGCCUUCUUCGAGUCGAAGACCUCGCCCUCAGGAUGUUCUGAGAACCAAUGAGAAGAUCGCACAGGCGCCGAAGUUAGUGUUUGGGUAUAAAAGAGGUAGAGGUGGACCUGCCUGUCAGAAGGUUUGUUGUUAUACUCUCUGCCAGGUUGAAGGAAAAUGUGAAAGCCAGAAAUCCAACAAGGUCAACUUGGAAACAGGACAACCGAACCGAUGUCCAGCUGGAUGGAGCUCCGGCAGCUGUAACUGUCUCGUCAUUCCCGUCACGCUCAGGUUUGUUCAAAUCAUCUGCGGACACAGAAGAGCGAAAGCCCAGCUUUACUGCAUCCCCGGGGUUCUGGAGUGGAUUGCGAAGGUCUUUGGUGGACAAUACAAUGAGAGAAGAGGUGUCCUGCACCAACUCACCUGAGGGAGGGAUGGGAGCCAGCGAAGAAGAACUGGAGAGAGGAACAAAGAAGAUUAUUCACGCAGGAAACAGAAAGCGUUCACCGUACCCCAAGAAGGACAGUGUGGCUCAGGCGGAGGAGAACAGCAGCGACAGCCCCAACAGCCUGCUGCCCACGGGACCCAAGCGGUUGAAGAAAAGCCCCUCCACGGUGGUGUCCUUGGCCCCGACGUCUCUCGGCCCCAGGCCGGACCAGCCUUUCGAGGACCUCCACUCACAGCGUGUCAUAGCCAACGUGCGGGAGCGUCAACGCACUCAGUCCCUGAACGACGCCUUCGCCUCUCUACGCAAGAUCAUCCCCACGCUCCCUUCGGACAAGCUGAGCAAGAUCCAGAUCCUGAAACUGGCCUCGCGCUACAUCGACUUCCUCUACCAGGUGCUGCAGAGCGACGAGAUGGACGCAAAGCUGGCCAGCUGCAACUACCUGGCUCACGAAAGACUCAGCUACGCCUUCUCUGUCUGGAGGAUGGAAGGAGCCUGGGCCAUGUCCACCAGCCACUAGAAUCAACCCCCCCUGAAUGUUUCUCCUCAGUCUUCUCAUGUCCUUAUCGCCCCCCCCACCCCCGCUCCCCUCAAACUCCAUCACCUCUGACUGUGUUUGCACCCAUUUCCUGAACUGUGCACUUCUGAAUUCUUUUCUCUCUCACUUCAGUUCUAGUCACUUCUUCUCCCAUGAACCUUUGUUGUUCAACCUCCGACCUUCACUUUACUUUUUUAUUCCGCUCUGUUUCCUCUUUUCAGUCCCACAAUUUAGGCCUACGCAACCGGACGCUCCAGUACAGCCCAACAGAAAUCCAACGAAUGAAAGAAAAAAAAAAUCCUCACCCUCCACUCCUGUUUCUGCCUCAUCUUCCUGACAGAAAAAAAACCUCCUUCUUCCUCUGGACAUGUUGCUUGACUGGUGACACUGAGAAGCAUUCUCCACUACAGGACUUAUCGCUGAGUGUUUCUGAAACACCAGCGGGGAGAAAACAGACAUUGCAGUCGAGUGUUGAGAACAGUUUUUGUAAAAAAAUAUAUUAUAAAAAGAAAAACAAACAAACAAACAAACAGCUGGCCUGCAAAGACAACGAAACAAAAUGGCUGCUGGUCGGAGUGCCUUUGGGAACCACCGUGAUAACCAGCGUACCGACUGUCGGAGAGACUGGUGGUAACGGCACAGCCGUGGUCAGAGGGCGGUCACAGCCAAUGAAUGUUUACAGCUAAAAUGUUAAUAAGCUAAUGUUUUUGGCUCUGGGACGAAAGGAGAGCUGGAGGAAUCCAACGCAGAUAUUUUUUUAAGAUUUUGUUUUUUAUGCUGUUGUAACUGGACAGAGCUUGCUUGAUGGAUUGAAGGUGUAUUUCGGUGCAUGCACACUGUCUGAUUCCAACCAGGCUUACGCAGUAUAGUCGGCUUGAAUCGUACUCGUCUAUGUGAAAAUGGCUGUACCACUGAUCACACUAUCUCUGAGAGUGUAAAAUAAUUGUGUUUUGAAUUUUUUUUUAAAAAAAAACCCUUUGCUGUAACUAUUUUCUAAAAGGACAUCAUAGAGAAAUGUGAGAGAUUAAAGACGAAGCAGUAAAGUAUUCAGUUAUAACCACCGUUUGUCUAAAGUCACUUCUGUCGUUCCUCUUUGUCUUGUUUUCAUUUCCUGUUCAUCGCUUUUGUCGUGUCACUUCCUAUAGACAAUAAAUACUUUUUUUGUUUGCUGUACUGAAGCGCAGUGAUUUUAUCAGUGAGUGAAGCUCACACCUUCACCAGGAGAAUUGAAAACCUAAAAAAAAGUCAUUUCAUUCCAGUCUAGAUAAUUUACCUUUAUUUUUGUAAACCAAAAAGUAUAAAACGACAAACACCAGAGGAAAAAAAAAAUGUAUAUACACUGUACAGAUAAAAUUAAAAAGAUUAGGUCUAGUAUAAAAAAGAGAGACAACGUCCUACAUGUAGGACGCUGUGAUAUGAGGACACGAUCGAAGUCCAGCACCAACUUCUAAACAACUGGUUUGUGGGAUUUGCUCUGGACGAACAUCUGACCAUUAAAUCUCACUUCAGUGGAAACAACAAACAGGUUUAGAACGAGACUUUGACGACUGAUUAAAGUCUGAUGAUAAAGACGGAGACCUGUGGCUCAGUGGAGCCCAGAGCACACUAUCUGUUCAGUUUGCUGGUUAUAAAUGUAGAGAAUCCGACUCCGAGAUUCAAGGUUGUCGCCUCACAUUUGACUCAGUGACCGAACACUUCACACUGAGCCGUUUCAUGUACGUCAUGGAUUCUGGGGUUUUUAUGUCUGUUCUUUCAUGAUGUUGUAAUCGGACUUUAAGACUUUAAACCCAUCUCCCCGUG